UAGUAGCACUACUGUUUCCCACAACCUUAAUUAGCGAGCUAGAUCGCUAUGGUCACCAACUAUAUAUAACAAUCCCCCCUCCGAGCGCUCACCGCAGCCAAAAGUAGUACUCAUCGAUUUUGAACCUCGAUCUUGGUUUUGUUUUAGAUCUGUCAUCAUGAAGUCUGUGGUACUUUUCCCAGCCUCUUCUUCCCAUUUGUUCUUCCUCCUCCUCCUCCUCCUAAACUUCAUAGCUCCCUGCAGAUUCAUGAAUAUUAUCCCGUCUCAUGAAUUCCCUAGUAUUUCUUCUACCAAAAUUGGUGAUCAUUACCAUCAUCACCUCGAAAACUACAACCAAGUUCAUCUCCCUAGUGGGGUUGUUGGCCCUGAAAGUAUUGCAUUUGAUUGCCAGGGAAGAGGACCUUAUGUCGGGGUCUCAGAUGGUAGGGUCUUCAAGUGGCAAGGAGCCCAGUUCGGGUGGACUGAGUUUGCCAUCAGCUCUGCAAAGAGGAAUAGGCAGGUGUGUGAUGGCUCAACCAAUCCCAACACUGAACCAAUAUGUGGGAGACCCCUGGGCCUCAAAUUCAGCACUGCAACUUGUGAUCUUUAUAUUGCAGAUGCCUACUUUGGCCUACUCAUGGUAGGACCCCAAGGCGGCGCCGCCGAACCACUUGCCACUUCUGCCGAAGGAGUCCCCUUUGCAUUCACAAAUGCUCUUGACAUCGACAGCAAAGCUGGUGUGGUUUAUUUUACAGACAGCAGCGUUUUAUUCCAAAGAAGGGUAUGGGUAGAUAUAAUGAUAAACGGAGACAGAACAGGGAGACUGAUGAAGUACGACACACGAACCAAGAAAGUGACAGUCCUGCUUAAAGGAUUAGCAUUUCCAAAUGGUGUGGCUCUAAGCAAAGACAAUUCCUUUCUUCUACUGGCAGAGAGUGGCACAUACAGAAUCCUAAGGCUUUGGCUCAAGAAUCAUACCUCACAAGUAUUUUCUCAGCUUGAGAGAUCCCCAGACAACAUCAAGAGGAACAGCAAGGGAAUAUUCUGGGUGGCAUUGAAUAGUGGGAGAGAUAUAGAAGGAUUCAUGGGUUAUCCAGAUUCAGAUCAUAAGACCUCAUCAUUGUGGGCAAAAGAUCCAGUGGCUGCAGAAAUGGAUGAAGAGGGAAAGUUUGUUCAUCUUUUGGAUGGUAAGGGUGGAAAGGCACUUGACUCCGUUAGUGAAGUUGAAGAACAUAAUGGGAUAUUGUGGAUGGGAUCUGCAGUGAAACCUUAUCUUGGCUUUAUCAGACUCUAAUUAAUUAAUUCUAAGCUUUCUUCUUUAUAUAUGGGAGACACUAGGGGACA